CUAUUGGCCGAGCUCUGGCAUUUUCCCGCCCCCCCCUGCAUUGUUUUAUGAUGAUUAACUGAAAACCUAAUAGUUGUUUGUAAUCUGGUGUGACGCCACUAAUCCCAACGGUACAAAUGGUCAGAGGCCGCUCCGUCGCCCCACACUGAGCGCUGAGACUCCCCGGCAGAACCUCCACUCAGGUAAGGACCCCUCCACCCAUCUGAACCCCUUCUACCUGCGACCCCUUUCUUUAACUUAUUGAAUGGAUUGCCUUGUUAAGUGUCAUAGAAUAUUAAGAAAAGCGCUACAUAAAGUGUUAUUAUUGAAUUGAUUGGCCAUGUGAAUAGUCUUUGAAUGUCUAGAGUGCUUUUUAAAUACAAUGUUUUAUUGCUAUUAUUAGACGAGGGAUAACAAGGUGUAGUUAAUUAGCAAAUUAAUUGGUCUUAGUUUUAUUAUGCACUCAUUAGUAAGUGUGUUUUUGGAAAACAUUUACUACGUCCAUCUGGGAAUUAGGUGUGCCCCUGAGUGUGAUAUGUUUGCAUCAUUUAGUGGUUCAAAACACACACUAGUAUAGUAGAAUAUUUCAUUUGAGUUUAGAAUAUGAAGUCGAGUAUAAUUGUCAAUUAUUCCCACUGGGGAUAUGGCACACAAUCGUGAAAGUUGUGUCGCGUAACCAUCGGAUAAUUUCAAUGAUUUACUCUCCAAUCUGCUACUGUACUAUGGUAUUGUAUUUUAAUUUAACCUCUCCUGACCUACACCUACAAUCCAAUAUAAAUUAAAGGAGAAUAUACUUGUUCUGUGUUAUUAAAGAAGGAUGAAACACCAGUUAUGGUUAGUCUUUAGAAUGUAAAACUAUUUAGAUGAUAAAUGGUCAAAGGUUGAUUAUGAAAAUCACACUUUAAAAUCACUCAACAAAUCACCUGCUGAAUGAGAAAUGACUAAAUAUAGCCCAGGGAUCAGAAGUGCGGCAGAGGAUGAGGAGAGAUUAUUUUCGUACAAUAGGGGAAGUGUUUCUCACCAUGCAAGCCUGAUUUAAUGUGCAUCACCAAAUCCCUCUUUGUUUGCUCCAGAGCAUAGAAAAGCUGAUUUCAAGUUCCAGAAGACAUGGCUGUCGUUGUAAGUACAUUCCUUCAUACCCUAACGACUCACUGAGAUUCCAUCACGUGUUGUUGCAUCAAUCCAAUGAUAGACUCGUCAAGGUUGAAAUUAAGGUUAAGUUUCCAUGUGUUUUUCCUAUCAUGUACACACAUGGUCUAUAACCAUGUGUGUACAUGGUUAUAGACCAUGUCUAUAAUGUAAACACAGUUUAUAAGUCUAAUGAAAACCCAUUACACCAAUCUAGGCACAUUUGGGUAGAGGUGGUAUUUAAAGAGAAAGUAGGGUUGAUAGUUGAACUAUUGGUUAAGACGAGCAAAUGCCAUUAGUGUUAGCACUGAGAUGUUGAGUACUAGCUUUGAAUGCUAAUCUUGCCCACAGCAGGUUUAGUUUUGGUCUUUCUGAUGUCUUUACAGGCUUUACUCCAUCAUGUGAGAGCGAUUAGGAUGGUGAAACAGAGGCCUAUUGAUAAGAAGGCUGUGUGCUGCAUCUGGCCUCACUCUGGAUUUAUUUUGGAAUGUCAGAAUCUAGUUUAUAUUUACUGUGCUCCAAGAUUUAAGACGAGAACCCUGACAUCUAAAUCUUGAGCUUAGUAUAAUUAGUAUCACCAUUCAUCACCUCAGAGCCUACUAUCUAAAGAACUUUGUCUAAUGUUUGUAAAAUAUAGUCUAGGCCAAGGAGUCCUCCCAUGCAUGAAAUUAUCUUCUUUAUAGCAUAACAAAUGACAUGGCUGAACCGGUGCUCCAUGAGCGGUGGCAUCUGGCUAAGACGGGUCAUGUCUGGGUUUCAGAGCGGAACCUUCCGGAUGGUGUCGGAGGAGGAGCAGGCUCUCAGGGCCAAGCUGGAGCACCUCUCUGUGAAGGACCACGGGCCGGUGUUCGGCCCCUGUGCUAAGCUACCCGACCACACCGUUCAGAAGGCCAAGGAUGAGCUGAAUGAGACCGAGGAGAAGCGGGUUGCCGCGGUGAAGGAGUUGCGGGGCAUAAUGAAGGAGAAGGCGGAGGGGGGGGACGACCUGGUCAAGGCCGUGCAGGAGGCGUUCGGGGAGAAGCCCGAUGGAAUGCUGGUGCGCUUCAUCCGCGCCAGGAAGUACGACGUCAACCGGGCGUACGAGCUCAUGAAGGGGUAUGUGCGUUUCAGGAGGGACUACCCGGAGCUGUUUGAGAACCUGACCCCAGAGGCUGUCCGCAGCACCAUCGAGGCUGGAUACCCGGGCAUCCUCCCCAGCAGAGACAAGUACGGCCGCGUGGUGCUGCUGUUCAACAUCGAGAACUGGGACUACGAGGAGAUCACUUUUGAUGAGAUCCUUCGUGCCUACUGCGUGAUCCUGGAGAAGCUGUUGGAGAACGAGGAGACGCAGAUCAACGGCCUCUGUAUCAUCGAGAACUUUAAGGGCUUCACCGUGCAGCAGGCCUCCGGGAUCAAGCCCACAGAGCUGAAGAAGAUGGUGGACAUGCUGCAGGACUCUUUCCCGGCCCGUUUCAAAGCGGUCCAUUUCAUCCACCAGCCCUGGUACUUCACCACCACCUACAACGUGGUCAAGCCCCUGAUGAAGGGCAAGCUGCUGGAGAGAGUCUUUGUCCACGGAGAUGAGCUGGACACCUACUAUAAGGAGUUUGAGGAGGACAUCCUCCCUUCUGAUUUUGACGGGAAAGCUUCCAAAUACAAUGGAAAAGAAACAGCUGCCAAACUGUUUGACUAGGAAUCCCUUCCUCCUUGUGUAUACAAAUCUGGGAGCUAUUCUAGGCUCCAACCCUGUAACUCAACAUCUAUAGCUGUGUGGUUGCAUAUAAACAUUGGGAAAGAUGUUGUAUCCAACGUAGUAUUACUAAUGGGUUAAAUAUGAUGCUUUGAUUAAAAAAGCUGACAUACUACUUUACUUAGCAUCUUAUUUGCUAUGUGCAGUUCUUCGGACAAUUAGUAACAUAUACAAAUAUAAAUGAAAUGGAUCUGAUAUAAUCUAGCCUUCCCCAUCUGAUACACCUCACCCACACAGCUUGUUCAGUAAACUGGCUGGCCCAAGCUUCCAAGAGAAUAAUCAAACAAUGAAUUUAAAAGUUUACCGGAUGCACCUGUGAACCCGGUGCACAGAUUUGCACCAUUUUGUGAAAGAAUAAUAAACUGUAUAUAAAUGUUACAUAAAUGUCCUUGUUUAUUUAUAUACUACUAAAUUUGAAUAUGAGGUGUUAUCUGCAUAUUUCGUAUGCACGGAUAGGUAAAGUGAGCAUGAAUUCAAAGAAAUCAACAGAUGUACAUACAAUUUGUUUUAUUAAGCAAAAGGUCCUUCAAAGUGAACGGAUUACCAGUCACACAAAUAGACUGAGAAUAUACUGGCAUGUAAUAAUCAUCUCAAUAACGUAGCAGUUAAGCCAUUGGGGAGGUAGUACAGUGCAGAUAAAGGCUUCUUAUCAAAAGCCUACAUUUUGAAACUAUAGGCUGCCCGUCUCACACAUUAUACAAUAGCUCCACAUGAGUUUGUAGCAAGCUCAUGAUGACUAUACUUUUUGCAUUUUGCAAGCAGGCUCGAGCGAAGGAGGUAGAUCAAAAUAAAAGCAAUAGAGGCGUAGUGUCUCCAUUUGU